UCUUCCCCGCUUCCUCCUCUCGGUCUCUAGGGUUUUGGGAUUUUAGCCUCCGCCGCCGCCGCCGCCGCACCAGCCGUUGACGAGUCCUGCAACCCCGCCGGACCCGAUGGCCGUGUCGUUCUCCGAGCUCCACACCGCCGACGGGCUCAAGGCCCUCGAGGCGCACCUCGCCGGCAAGACCUACAUCUCCGGGGAGCAGAUCAGCAAGGACGACGUCAAGGUGUUCGCGGCGGUGCCUUCCAAGCCCAGCGCGGAGUUCCCCAACGCUGCCCGCUGGUAUGACACUGUCGCCGCGGCUCUUGCGUCAAGGUUCCCGGGCAAGGCUUCUGGAGUGAACCUGUCUGCAGCAGGUUCUUCAUCGGGCCCUGCUGACGCAUCCAAGGAUGCUGAGGAUGAUGAUGACUUGGAUCUUUUCGGUGAUGAGACCGAGGAUGACAAGAAAGCAGCAGAGGAGCGUGUGGCUGCCAAGCCUGCCAAGAAGAAAGAAAGUGGAAAAUCAUCUGUGCUGAUGGAUGUCAAGCCAUGGGAUGACGAAACUGACAUGAAGAAGUUGGAGGAGGCUGUCCGCAGUGUUCAAAUGGAGGGCCUCACUUGGGGUGCAUCAAAGCUUGUUGCCGUGGGUUAUGGCAUCAAGAAGCUGCAGAUCAUGUUGACGAUUGUGGAUGAUCUCGUGUCAGUCGACACCCUCAUCGAGGAGGUCCUCUGCGAGGAGCCCAUCAACGAGUAUGUCCAGAGCUGUGACAUUGUUGCCUUCAACAAGAUCUAGAGUCUCGGUCAAUCUGCUUGUUGCUGCUGGGUUCUUGGAAGCGGGAUUGGCUGUUUGAUCUGGAAUCAUAUUCCAUCCCAUCUUGUUACCCUCAUACAGAAAUGCUACUGGUUUUAUUUUUUGAGUGAUCUUGGAUGUCUGCUAUCUUUAAAGUAGUUGGUAUGAUGAGCGGUUUGUAAUGGCGAAACAUCUAUGAUGUCUUGAGUAAUUCAGUCUUUUUACUGUGCAAGUUUUGAUGAGGAUUAACCAGAGGUCCACUGUUUCCCGUUA